AGGUGGUCAGCGACCGCGUCAAUCGCACCCUUCCCCUCUCUCUCUCUCUCUCUCUCUCUCUCUCGUUUGCUCGCGAAAAAGUUACCGUAGAUCGGUCGAUCCCUUCGUCUAGGGUUGGGGAUUUCUCCGAUCGAUCCCUGUCGAUUACCCCCAUUCCCCGAGAUCGGGACUUGUUCGAUGGGGAAUGUGGGGGGGUUUUGAUGCGUAGGGAGGGAUCUUGUGGGGAUUUGGUGUUUUAGGGCUCCGAUUGGAGGGGAUCUGAGGAGGAGGAGGAGAUGAGUGCGUCGAGGUUUAUAAAGUGCGUCACGGUGGGCGAUGGCGCCGUGGGUAAGACCUGCAUGUUGAUCUCCUACACCAGCAACACGUUCCCCACGGAUUAUGUUCCAACAGUUUUUGACAACUUUAGUGCUAAUGUGGUGGUUGAUGGAAGCACUGUGAACUUAGGUUUGUGGGAUACUGCAGGGCAAGAGGAUUACAACAGACUAAGACCUUUGAGUUAUCGUGGGGCUGAUGUUUUUCUCCUGGCAUUCUCACUUAUAAGUAAGGCCAGUUAUGAAAAUGUUGCUAAGAAGUGGAUUCCUGAAUUAAGGCACUAUGCACCUGGUGUUCCCAUAAUUCUAGUUGGAACAAAGCUUGAUCUCCGCGAUGAUAAGCAGUUCUUUGUAGAUCAUCCUGGUGCUGUGCCCAUCUCCACUGCCCAAGGCGAAGAGUUGAGGAAGGCCAUUGGUGCUGCCGCAUACAUCGAAUGCAGUUCGAAGACACAGCAAAAUGUGAAGGCGGUUUUCGAUGCGGCCAUUAAAGUUGUGCUCCAGCCCCCGAAGCAAAAAAAGAAGAAGAAAAAGGCUCAGAAGGGAUGCUCCAUUUUAUAGACAACUCAGACAGGAAUCUUGUGCAAUCUCUUCUCUUGCUUAUUAUUAUCAAAAAAAAAAAACAAAAAGAGGAGGAAGAAAAGAAGAUUUAACCCUUGGGUGUAUGUAUAGUCUACUGACGGCAUUAGCGAGCUAUUGAUGAUGCAUAUCAAAGUGUUGUUUUGUACCCAUGCUUUCCGAGGGUUGUGUAAUCUACUACUUGAAGAUGUCCUCUUCCUACUUGCUUCAAGCGAGGAAGAGGGCAUCGGAGGAAGCUGUUGUUUCUUGCUUGGAUAAUUUGACCUAUCUUUGUAUCUCUCUUUAAAUCUCUAAGAAGUCUUUGCUUUCUCUUUGAUUGACUAUAAGCUUACUGGUAGUAACUGGUUAGCACUUCUGUUUGCCUAAACAUAUGAAACCUUAUAGUUUAGUUGUUCUUAUGUGUAUUCUUAA